AUGUCAGUCAAGUUCAGCAUUUUCCAGUCCAGUCCAGUCCUGUCCAGUCCAGUAAUCCAGUCCAGUCCAGUGCAGUCAAGUCCAGUCCAGUUCAGUCCAGUCGAGUCGAGUCCAGUCCAGUCCAGUUCUUUCCAGCCCAGUCCAUUCCACUUUAGUCCAGUCCAGUCCAAUCCAGUUUACUCCAGCCUCGUCCGGUCCAGUCCAGUCAAGUGCUUUUCAGUCCUGUGCCGUCCAGUCCAAUCCAGUCCAGUCCAUUCCUGUCCAGUCGAGUGCAGUCCAGUCCAGUCCAGUCCAGUNUUUGUGCAGUCCAGGCCGGUCCACUCCAUCGAGUGCAGUGCAGUCCACUCCAGUCCAGUCCACUCCAGUCCAAUCCAGUUCAUUCCAGUGCAGUCCAGUCCACUUUUGUGCAGUCCAGUCCAGUCCAAUCCAGUCUUGUCCAAUACAGUCGCCUCCAGUCCCGUACAGGUUAGUCCAGUCAAUUCCAGUCCAGUCCAGUGUAAUAUAGUCCAGUCCAGUCCAGUACAGUCUAGUUUAGUACAUACAAGUACAGUUCAGUCCAGUCCAGACCAGUCCAUUCUAGUCCCGUCCAGUUUAGUCCAGUCCAGUGCAUUCCAGUCCAGUCCAGUCCCGUCUAAUCCAUUCGAGUGCAGUCCGUUCUUGUCCAGUCCAGUCCAGUCCAAUUCAUUCUGGACCAGUCCAGUCCGCUCCUGUUUCGUCCAAUCCAGUCCAGUCCAGUUUAUUCCAGUUCAGUCCAGUCCAGUCCAGUCCAGUCCAGUUUAG